AUGAAAAGCGAAAACCGAGCAGAUGAUGGACUUACAGGGAAAUCGACAAGUCGAGACGGCGGCUAUGGCUGGAUAGUCUGCUGUGGGACUUUCAUCGUAAAUUUUGUGGUAUUCGGAAUUCACAACUCAUUUGGUGUUGUGUACGUUAACCUGCUCGAUGAGUUAAAACUUGGUGCGAUGCAAACAGGUAAGCAAAGAGUUCAUUUAGCUGAGCGCCCGUGCCGGUAUCCAGAAGUUACUGAUCCAUAACUUUUGAUGGGUUACUAGUGUUAAAGUAGGUUUGCUUAUAUUCAAUAAUAUCACUGUGAAUACGAGGGCUUUUGAAAAUUACUUGGUUAGUAUGUACAAUGUAAAUCUCGAACAGAGAAUUAGCUCUGUUUCAUCAUUAACGGAGCGGAUUUAACUACACUCGUUAGGAUGAAACACUUAUCAAACUUAAUUGAAACAUAAAUGCUGUUACAAUCCAUAAUUCUACUAUAUUACAAGGGAGUUGAUGUCGCAGUGCUGUCUUUCGAAGAGAACUAACUGUGUCUCUUGGCUUGAGGUUUAUGAAUUCUCUACCGAUACUGACUGGUUAUAAGUAACAAAAUUGAGGAUAUAAGCUACGUGUAUACUUAAAGUGAUAUCUUGGCUCACGCAAUAUACAUAAGAAUUUUACUAUUUCCCUUCGAGCUGAAGUUUCAUUUUCGAAAAGGUUGGGUAUCAGCACAUGAAUCGAGUAUUAAGCAUGUCAUUACGAGUUUUGGAGUAAAGCUUCGAAAAGAGGCUGGUCUCAUGAUUAAAGCACUUGAACUUUCUUUCUCCAAGAUUUUUACUGCCUUCAAUCAAAACAACAAACAAAUACAUCAACAUCUCCUUGCCUGAAAAAUUAAAUCCUUACUUCUAUCGAUGAUCGCGACAUGAGCAAGUAAUUACUUCUAAAUUUCAAUUCCAGCGGGAACAAGCUGUUCCUUUGCUGUUUGUCAUCAUUUUUUAAGUGUCAGACUACCAGUUAGCGAAGCAACCGGAAAGUGGCUUCUGUACCGCAUAUUUCACAUUUUGUCUGCAUCACUGAUCACAGUCAAAGUUUCUCUGACCUUCCACUUCGAACAUUACUUGGUACUUUACAAUUAACGAAAUCUCUGAUUUGCUUCGAAAUCAUCCCAAUUACCAGUCUUUUUUUUACUUCCCCACGGUGUGCCAUUAAAGGCAACAUCUUUUAUUCUCUAUAAACAUGGUCACGAGUUGUUGUUUGUUAUUUCACUUCUUGCUCAGCUAUUACAGGUAGUAACUUAUCUCUAACCUAAGUUUGGAAAUAUCGGAAUACUGUACAUUGGCUCGCUUUAUUUAGAAUCUUUUUCGGUUGGAUCAGAGCGGAUAGAACGUUGAUUUGUGAUAAUUUUCUCUUCUUUUGAUGCAACACAAAAUACUUUUUGUCUUUGAUAAGUGAGUUGCAUGAUCUUGUGGCGCCACAAGUAUGGACUAAUUAUAGAAGGGUGACAAUGUCGUAGGUAUGUUGGUAAUAGUUCUCACGGCUAACGGUUUAGCAUUUUACGGCUAACGUUUAAUUUCCUUCCUUUGUGAUUAAAAGAAAAAUUUCAAAGGUUAACUUUUUUUCAAAUAACGGUUAAUGGCUGACGGUUAACUCCACUAAGAGUCUCUAAUUGAAGACCUUUGAUACGCAGCGCAAGCACGUGCAUAAUUUGUUUAUCAUUGUGGCGUCAGGGAUUGACAGCACGUUUGGCAGAAGUUUUCAAAGCCACACAUUGACUAAUACUGAAACUGUAGAAUUUGUGAACCAGGUUUCAAAACUCUGAUGCCGGAAUGAGUCAAUCAGUGCCGGUAGAGGGCGGAUUGGCCUGUUUCAGAAUUUAUCAAGUUAGGCGUUGUUGAUCCAGCGUGAGGUUCACAAAACAUUUGUUAAAAAACAUUAACAGCGGCAUCUUGACAGUGCAUGCUUAUUCAUGUAAGACUAACUAACGCCGGGAAAAUAAUAUCCUAUGGUUUUCUCAUCGGUAUACCAAUAAGCCCGAAAGGGAAAUGAUAUGCCCAAAAGUCGCGAAACUCGUCCUUUUUUUUCCUUAAAAAAUUUGAUCUCUGUUUUUGGCAACUGCAUGGAUGUAAAAACAGUCGUUGCCGCAUAUUUUCUUUUCUUCAUCUUCUUAAAAAAAAAACAUUGGACGUGAUGAAGACUUUGACCAAGCUAAAGGUAUUUAUUUUUCUCCGUUUUGUUGUCAAGAACAAAGUGAGCAAGCCUUGGCUGGCAACAUGUGCCCUUGUAGCAAGUUUAAGUAGCCAACCAGAACCGCUGUAUCUCGCUUACGAAGCAGCGCAAGUAAAUACCUUUCCUUUGCGCGAACAAACAAAUCACUUUUCAAAACAGUUCAACUUCGUCAUGAAGAAGAAAAGAUUUUUUUGUCGUUUGGCGCCGAUUGCAUUCAAAGGGAUUGAGACAGAUUUGAAAUAUGAGGGUUAACUCUUUCAUUCCCAGGCUGCUAAAGAAUAAAUAUCUUCUUACAAUGUCAACACGUAGAAAGUUUAGGAGAGGCGACAAAAAUAUCAACUAUGAGAUAUAUUAUAUGGAUGAAGAACCAAUUUUUCAGAUAUAUAAAAUUGCAUGUACAAGAAAUGGAAGGUUAACAAUGAGGAGAUUUAUUUUUUUUAAUCUUGGGAGUGAAAGGAUGAAAGAGGGUAGACUCCUCAAUUUUCUUGGGUGUUAGUUCUCGCCUUUCCCUUCAAGGUUCUUAUUUUACUUAUUCCUUGAUAUCCUGUAUAUAGUGUUCCUCCAAUUCUUGUCCAAUGUAGAUUUAAAGACUUUUAAGGAUAAGAACGUGAAGAUUUUGGAGGCAAAGAUACAUAGAGUUUACAUUGAAAUGCUUUUUGAGUGUGAAGUAAUGGACGAUGGUAUGCGUAAGGUCUGGGAUCGAUUCAGCGUGGAGGAACACAGAAAUUUCCCUCUGCUCCACACCCGAGAUAAAAACAUUAACAUAUUUCUUUAUACAUGGAGAUAAUUUUUUUAUUUCUUUUCACAGCAUGGAUUGGUGCCAUGGCCAUGGGUUUAAACUUUUUUUUUGGUCCUAUAUCAAGUGCAUUGUGUGAUCGUUUUGGAUGCCGUGUUGUGUCCUUGGCUGGUGCGUUACUAUCUGUCUCAGGGUUGUUCCUAACUUCCUUCAUACAAGAAGUUCAUAAGAUGUAUGUGACCUACGGGCUUGUAUGGGGAGUAGGUUCUAGUUUCUCCUUUGUGUCGUCCAUCGUUGUCCUGGGUGAAUACUUUGAUAGAAGAUUGGCGCUUGCUAAUGGGAUUGCAACAUCCGGAAGUGGGGUGGGCUCUCUUGUUGCCGGGCCGGUCAUAAAUUACCUACUGACAUCUGUCGGAUGGAAACACUCCAUGCGCAUUUUGAGUGGGUUUGCUGGACUGUUAUGGAUUGCAGCUAUGAUCUUUAAACCAAAGAAAAAUCUUCAGUCUACCAAGGAAAGAAGAUGUACCAAGUUAUUUGAUACUUCAAUAUGGAAGAGUAAAGCGUAUGUUUUGUGGGUCACUACUGUAGCUGUGUUUCAAUUUGGUUAUCUUAUUCCAUUUAUUCACCUGGUAAGUUGUAUCGCUAUUUGUUUAAUACGCAACAAAACUUCUCUUUCCUGAUUGGUCGACGACAAAUACAUAAAUAGGUUAUAGACUGCCAUUCGGUAUCUUCCUAUUGCAAUCUCAUGACAAAAUCAUCGUUUAAAGAUAAGUUAGGUGGAUAAUUUCUUAAGCUGAUGUUAAAUGCGUAGGCCUUAUGAAGAAUUAAGGGCCACCGCUCGAAACUCUAGCCUUAGAAACUCUCUUCGGUGGACAAUUUACGUUAUCAACUGAGUAGAUUAGACCAAACUAUUUUAAAAUGCCCUCCACCGACGCGGCACCACAGUUUUUUGCAGAAACUUAUCACCCUUAUUCGUUUCGUUAUUAUCUGCAGGUGAGGUAUGCCGAAGAUUUAGGAGUUCCAAAAUCUAAAGGCGCUUGGCUGAUUGGUUUUCUAUCCAUCACCUCAACGCUUGGUCGAGUGGUAUUUGGCAAGAUUUCCGACUUGAAAUUCGUCAACAGGCUCUACCUGUACCAAUUUUCGAUAUUUUCCAUUGGAUUGAGCACUCUCCUGUGUCCUCUGCUCAAAAACUAUGCAGGACUUGUGGGUUAUGCUUUGAUAUUUGGAUUUUUUGACGGAUGUUUUGUGGGCCAAGUGGCGGUGAUUACGGCUGAUGUGGUCGGACGCGAUAAGCUUUCUCAAGCAGUGGGAAACAUGUUUGGAACUCUGGCGAUACCAAUGAGUCUUGGUCCUCCGCUUGCAGGUAAUCAGCUGUGUGAAAGAUAGUGAAAUUUUCAAUCAAAUGUCUAUUGUAAUCCGGGAUUGCUCUUAUAGGGUCCGUAAUUGAUCUAAAGAAUUUGCUCCACCCUCUCAGUCAAUUAGAUGCAAAGCAAAGCGAGUUCUUUAUCUUUGUUUCUGUUGCUAAGACUGAUUCGAUUCAGCCGUUCAAAUGAAAAGGGUCCAGACUAACCUGAAGUUUGCUCUCUGUUUUCAGGUUGGCUGCAUGAAGUAUUCGGUACCUAUGAUGAAGCAUUUUACAUUGCCGGUUCUGUGGCGUUAUUUUCUUCUCUCAUGAUUUUUGGGGUGAACUGUAUGAUUCGAAAGCAGUCUAGAGCAAGGAGGCAAUUGGGAUUUAAAAACGACACUUCUUUGAGUAUUUCUGAAGCUGAAACGGCAUCUGACUCUGUUUACAAAAAUACAGAAUCACAGCCGAUGCUGGAAGAGGAGUACAUGGUCACCAAUAAACUUUGCAAGCUUCACUGCGCUUUAAGAACAAGCAAGGAACUUCUUGUGGUUGAGAGAGAAACUGUCUUAUAAUAUUUUUAGAGAUUCUUAGAUUACUGAUAGUGCAAUUUUCAACAGAGUGUAGAAACUUGUCCAGGACUGCUUUGGUUUUGCUUUGCUUCGCUGUGUCCUUGGUCUAAAAAACUCGGCCUCUUUUCCAACCAAUCAGAUGCAAAUCUUAAACCAACAGCGACUUUGUCACUCGCGAAGUGUGUCCAUCAAAUAACUUUUUUUGACACGGUGUGUCUAAACGGUGGGUUUAAACACAUAGGGUGAUCGAAUACGCCCCAGCAACCAACUAAAACUGGAAAAUAUCCCCGUGAUAAACCUCAAGUGAUAUUCCCCAAUCUUCGAACGUUCGUCUACCACAGUGAAAGUGUUCUUUUGAAUUCAAUUCAAAAUGAUAAACCAUUUAUACCUUGCUGCAGAAGAAGGGACGUCGAACCGGAGAACACUGAAAAGUAAACAUCCCAUGCAGCAAACUGAAAGCUGCUCGUAAACAUUUUUCCUGCGCGUUGCUAAAUAUUGAAAGAUAAUGAAUACAACAGCCUCCAGUUAGCGAUAAAAUAUACAUGCAUAUUUAUUCGUGAACAUGAUCUGUUCUUAAGCCUUGCAGUUUUCCUGGAGCUUCGCUCUCUGAAAACUGUCCACAACUUGGGACAGAUGACAUCCGCGGAACUUGAUAUCCGUACGUAUUCCGGC